UCUCUUUUAAACUUACACUUCACUCUCUCUCUCUCUCUCUCUCUCUCUCCAUUUUUAUAAUAAAAUCUAAAUCCUCACAUAACAAAAAUAAAAAUAAAAAUUCACGAUUUGUAACUCUCCCUCUCUCCAUUGUUGCAGAGCAUCAAUCUCUUCCUCCUGAAUUUAAUUAUUUCUUUAUUUUUUUCCAAUUCCGGAAGGCCGGCAUUUUGAAAUUUUAAUCGCUUUGAAAGUCUUGAGGUUGGAGUAGUAAUUGAAGAUGGAUUCAUCAUCACAGAGAAGAGGAGCGGCAUUGGUUUCACUUUCACCAUCGCAAACACCACGUUCAAGUGAUAAAGCAGCUAGAGAUCAUAUGCGAUCUGGGGAUUUUAAUUCUUCAAAUAGUAAACAUGACAAAGAAAAAGGUGUUAAUGUUCAAGUCAUUGUGCGUUGCAGGCCACUGAGCGAUGAUGAGUUGAGAGUACAUACUCCAGUGGUGAUUUCUUGUAAUGAAGGUAGACGGGAAGUUUCUGCUAUUCAAAAUAUUGCUAACAAGCAGAUUGAUAGAACCUUUCUAUUUGACAAGGUUUUUGGUCCAACAUCCCAACAAAAGGAUUUGUAUGACCUGGCAGUGUCUCCAAUUGUCUACGAAGUUUUAGAGGGUUAUAAUUGCACCAUCUUUGCCUAUGGUCAGACAGGGACAGGAAAAACCUACACAAUGGAAGGAGGAGGCAGAAGAAAGAAUGGAGAAUUUCCAAGCGAUGCUGGUGUCAUCCCAAGAGCAGUUAAACAAAUCUUUGACAUACUAGAAGCUCAGAAUGCCGAGUAUAGCAUGAAAGUUACGUUUUUAGAGUUGUAUAAUGAGGAAAUAACAGAUCUUUUGGCCCUAGAAGAAACUCCGAAAUUUGUAGAUGACAAAUCUAAGAAACCUAUAGCUCUUAUGGAAGAUGGUAAAGGGGGUGUUUUCGUUAGAGGGUUGGAAGAAGAGAUAGUAUGCACUGCAAAUGAGAUUUAUAAAAUCUUGGAGAAGGGUUCUGCAAAAAGGCGCACUGCGGAGACUUUACUUAACAAGCAAAGUAGUCGUUCUCACUCAAUAUUUUCUAUUACAAUUCACAUUAAAGAAUGUACCCCAGAGGGGGAAGAAAUGAUCAAGUGUGGAAAGCUGAACCUUGUUGACCUUGCUGGUUCGGAGAAUAUUUCACGUUCUGGUGCACGAGAGGGCAGAGCAAGGGAAGCGGGAGAGAUUAAUAAGAGCUUGCUUACACUUGGUCGUGUGAUAAAUGCACUUGUUGAACAUUCUGGUCAUGUUCCAUACAGGGAUAGCAAAUUAACAAGGUUACUUAGGGAUUCACUGGGAGGGAAAACAAAGACCUGCAUAAUUGCCACUAUAUCACCCUCUAUUCAUUGCCUAGAAGAAACACUUAGCACUCUAGAUUAUGCACAUCGUGCCAAGAAUAUCAAGAACAAACCAGAGAUUAAUCAGAAGAUGAUGAAAUCUGCAAUGAUCAAGGAUUUGUACUCUGAAAUUGACAGGCUGAAGCAAGAGGUAUAUGCUGCAAGAGAGAAAAAUGGAAUUUAUAUACCACGUGAUCGUUAUCUCCAAGAUGAGGCAGAAAAGAAGGCAAUGGCUGAAAAAAUAGAGCGCAUGGAACUUGACUCAGAAUCCAAGGACAAGCAAUUGAUGGAGCUACAAGACCUCUACAAUUCCCAGCUACUUUUGACGGCAGAAUUAAGUGAGAAACUUGAAAAAACUGAGAAAAAGCUCGAGGAAACUGAAAAUUCGUUGUUUGAUCUCGAAGAAAAGCACAGACAAGCAAAUGCAACGAUAAAGGAGAAGGAGUUCUUGAUAUCUAAUCUUCUCAAAUCAGAGAAGGCUCUUGUUGAACGUGCAUUUGAGCUUCGAGCAGAACUGGAAAAUGCUGCAUCAGAUAUUUCAAGUUUAUUUGCCAAAAUUGAGAGGAAAGACAAAAUUGAAGAUGGAAACAGAGUACUUAUCCAGAACUUCCAGUCCCAUUUAACCCAGCAGCUUGAGAUCUUGCACAAGACUGUGGCAACUUCUGUGACUCAGCAGGAGCAGCAGCUGAAAGACAUGGAAGAAGACAUGCAGUCUUUUGUAUCAACAAAGGCUGAGGCUACAGAAGAACUUAGAGGAAGGGUAGGAAAGCUGAAAACCAUGUAUGGAUCCGGUAUCCAAGCUUUGGAUGCAAUGGCUAAGGAGCUUGAGGGAAAUUCUCGGUCAACUUUUAACAAUCUAAAUUUCGAAGUUUCUAAACAUUCACAUGCUCUUGAGGGUCUAUUCCAAGGAAUUGCUUCAGAAGCUGAUGCAUUAUUGAAUGAUCUCCAAGGUAGUCUCCAUAUGCAAGAGGAGAAGCUAACUGCAUACGCAAGACAGCAGCGCGAGGCACAUUCAAGAGCAGUGGAAAGUGCACGGUCAGUUUCUAAAAUAACUGUCAACUUCUUCAAGACUCUAGACAUGCAUGCCUCCAAGCUGACCCAAAUUGUGGAAGAAGCACAGACAGUCAAUGAUCAGAAAUUGUCUGAACUGGAAAAGAAGUUCGAGGAGUGUGCUGCUAAUGAGGAAAGGCAAUUGUUGGCCAAAGUGGCAGAGUUGCUUGCAAGUUCAAAUGCAAGAAAGAAAAAACUGGUCCAAUUGGCAGUACAAGAUCUUCGGGAGAGCGCAAACAGCAGAACCAGUAAAAUACAGCAAGAAAUGUCAACCAUGCAGGAUUCCUCUUCUUCUAUUAAGGCUGAAUGGACAGUCCACAUGGAAAAAACAGAAAUCAACUAUCUGGAGGACACUAAUGCAGUGGAGUAUCGAAAGAAAGAUAUGGAGGAUGUCCUCCAUAAUUGUUUGAACAAGGCGAAAAUGGGGGCACAACAGUGGAAAAAUGCUCAAGAAUCCUUGCUCAACCUAGAAAAAAGCAACGUUGAUUCUGUGAAUUCCAUUGUUAGUGGAGGCAUGGAAGCCAAUCAUGUCCUACGCACACAGUUUUCUUCUGCUGUAUCAGCUGCAAUUGAAGAUGUAGAUGCUGCAAAUAAUAAUUUGCUCUCAUGCAUUGAUCAUUCAUUACAACUUGACCAUGAUGCUUGUGGAAAUCUCGAUUCAAUGAUUGUUCCUUGUUGUGAAGAUUUGAGGGAAUUAAAGGCCGGUCACUAUCACAAGAUUGUAGAAAUUACAGAUGAUGCUGGAAAAUGUCUUCAGGAUGAAUAUGUGGUAGAUGAACCAUCUUGUUCUACACCAAGAAAGAGGUCAUUCAAUCUACCAAGUAUCGCAUCAAUCGAGGAACUCAGAACUCCUGCUUUUGAAGAAUUGUUAAAAUCAUUCUGGGAUACAAAAUUUGGCAAGCAAGCAAAUGGAGAUAUAAAACAACAUAUUGCCGCAGUAUAUGAGGCUGCCCAGUCCUUGAGAGACUCCAGAGUUCCUCUCACUGCCAUAAACUAAAAUUAGAAAAGAAGGGAACAAGGGGGAUAGAAUAUAGCGGUAAGAAAGGGGUUGUGUACAGAAUAUAUUGAUUGGUUUUGAGUAUGAACGAACUACUUCUCUUAUUCAUUAAUUGUUUGCUUGAAGAAAGUUCAUUGUGGAUGCGGAAAUAUAAAUAUAUUAGAUUCUUAUUAUUUUUGUUCA